AUUUGAGAGAGAUCAGAUCACCUGGAAUUAAAUUUGGCACAGAAACCUUUUCAACUCCAAAAAUGUUGGAGGAAGAUAUGGAAGUGGCCAUAAAGAUGGUGGUUGUGGGGAAUGGCGCAGUUGGAAAAUCAAGUAUGAUUCAGCGGUAUUGCAAAGGCAUUUUUACAAAAGACUACAAGAAAACCAUCGGAGUUGACUUUUUGGAGCGACAGAUACAAGUUAAUGAUGAAGACGUCAGGCUCAUGUUAUGGGAUACAGCAGGUCAAGAGGAGUUUGAUGCAAUAACAAAGGCCUACUAUCGAGGGGCCCAGGCUUGUGUGCUUGUAUUUUCCACCACAGACAGGGAAUCUUUUGAAGCGAUUUCCAGUUGGAGAGAGAAGGUGGUGGCUGAAGUUGGAGAUAUACCAACUGUACUUGUACAAAACAAGAUCGAUCUCCUUGAUGACUCUUGUAUAAAGAAUGAGGAAGCUGAGGCACUGGCAAAAAAGUUGAAGCUGAGAUUCUACAGGACUUCAGUGAAGGAGGAUCUGAACGUGACGGAAGUUUUUAAAUAUUUGGCUGAAAAAUAUCUUCAAAAGCUUAAACAACAAAUAGCUGAGGAUCCUGAAUCAAUGCAUUCAAGUAGUAACAAAAUUGGUGUCUUUAGCACGUCUGCUGGGAGUCACUUGGGUCAGAAUUCAAGUACCCUUAAUGGUGGAGAUGUCAUCAACCUCAGGCCCAACAGACAGAGGACCAAGAAAAACCGAAAUCCUUUUAGCAGCUGUAGCAUACCCUAAAACGCUUCAGGGAGGAAGAAAUGAAUUAUAUUGUGCAGUAAGAUACAUCCAGCUGUCACGGUAUGUUACACAAUUUUUUCGCAGACUUUGCACCUAAUGGCUCUCUGAAAGCUGACAGACUUAAACAGAUAGCACUGCACUGCGGUGCUUUUCAGAAUGGAGCAAGGUCUCUGGUGGAAAACUUACCGCCCUCUGGACUUAUUUUAAUUUUUUUUACAUUAGACGAAGCUUCUCCUGUUUUUGAAGGAAUGCUAUAAGAAACAUCAAAAACAGGUUUUGCUGAAUUUGAAAUGCUGGAAAACGUAAAUGAAAUGCCUAAAUAUACUGGUACAGAUUUUAAUAUCAUGGGUCAAGGAAAGAUAGCAACCGUUCUUUCUCUGAAAUUGGUCAUCUAGCUUUUCUAGGAAGUCGUAUUGAAUCUGAAUACUGAAAAGAAUAAUAUUGAAAGGCGAACCCUAAUCUUGCCAGACUGCAUUAGUGUGUACUUUGGCAAUGUUACUUGUGCAAUAUCUGUAGAUGUGGAACGUGGAGGUACGUGCGCAUGCAGAUCCCUGGUUCUGGAGUAAACAGAAGGUGUGUGCAGUGUUUAAGGAAACAUAGACUCUAAUUCAUUCAUGAAACCAUUUACACAUUUACGUGUAUGUUAUAAGUUUCUAUUUUCAAAUGAGAAAUUCUAGACAGAUAUUUUGCAAAAUGAGCUCAGAUUUUAAAAAUGCUUUUGUGCCAAAAAUACCAUACCUAAUUUUCAGUGCUUUACCAGAAUUUAUACUG